GGAUUGAAUAGCAUCAAUAUGGAGGCGGCUGCGGCACCAGCACCAGCUGCAGCGUUGCAGACACGUCGAGUGGCUCCCACCAGUGCUAUCGCUGACCUCCCGACAAGGGGCCAAGUUUCUCAAGAGUUAGGAGUCGUACUUCAAGAAAGGGCUAGCAUCGCUUCGGAAGCUGGCUCGUCCAGUGGCGGAAGUACGGCAGGCGAGACAGCCGGCGCGAC